AUGGAUUUGAAGGGAGCUCUGGUAAAAUUAUCGCCAUUAAUGCAGUUAUUAGAGGAUAUAAACUACCAGAGGACAAAGGAAAUGCGGAAUUUGAUGAAGGAUGAUUCUGGAUUCGUUGUGCUGCAAGGGAAUACACAAUGGACUGAAAUUUUUGUUAGACAUUUCUUAUUCCAAAAUCAUCAAAAAGCCGCAAUUGAUUCUGAUGAUCUCUUAUUUUUUGUUCGAAAGAAGUAUAUUAAGGAAAGUAGUCGGAGUAAACCAAAGUAUGAGGAUGAAAUUGAGGUGUUUCGUAAGGAUUCAAAGAAGCUUCCAAUUGGUGACCCUGAUGUAGACUGGGAGGAAACAGUCUACCUGAAUUGUGUGAUUCAUCAGUUUGAUUAUUAUUUGACACUUGCUAUUUGUACAAGGACAUCGCCCAAAGAGCUUCAAAUUUUAAAAAGACAUUCACAAAGAGUCUAUGCUAGUCCUUCUAGACGAAAAAUGGACUCUAAAGGAGAAUCUGAAGAGAUUACGUACCCGCACAUAUGCUUCAUGGUCGAUAAUUUUGAUGAGGUUUUCAGUGACAUUUUAGUCCGUGACGGUGAGAUGGUGUGCGUAGAACUAGUCGCUAAAGAUCAUGAUGGAAGUAUUCAGGGAGUUAUUUUCCUAGGAUCCAUAAGAUAUGACGCACUCAAGAAGGUUUAUGAUGCACGACAAAGUAGUUUAAGUUCCAAAAUGGCACAACGAAUGACUUUUGGAUUAUUUAACUCAGCACCGCAGACACGAUGUGAAUUUGUUCGAAUGAAAGGUCCGGGAAAUAAAGGAUUUGCAGAAAUGGCAGUGACUAAACCAAAAGGAAGUGGAAUUGAAACACCAACAUCUGAACCUGGAUUUUGUAUGACCGAUAUGUUUGAUUCCGAAUGUGAAGAUGAUUUAGACGAGUGCUAUAAUCAAAAACAUCAACGACGACUUAGUGAUCCAAGUGCAAAUUUAAACAACUUUUCUAAGAAUGGCUGGCGUACAACAAAAUCAUCAAACAAUCAAGCUGGUUACGGAAACUCAAAAGUUCUAUCUCAAAACGAAGGUCUUGACUCGUUGGCUAAUGAAGUUUGGGAAAUUGAGGCCGGUGAUGUUCGUGAUGUCGAAUGUGUUAUGGGUGGAUACGGUAGAAAUAAGGAUGGGGAAAAUGCUGUUUUAAUGAAUCACGCAGACAGAUAUCCAACAGGUUCUAUACAAUCAACGAAUGUUUUGGCAGUAUUUAAGACAGACCCAAGCCAAAAGGAUUACAAUUUUGAAAUGCUGCUGACAGAGGCAGCGAAAUUUCUUUGCAUUGACGCAAAUCUCGCAUCUGACUCUGCAAUGUUAAUAACAGGCACAUUGAGUGGAAUUGGAAUUGUUUAUGCCAUCCAGCAUCUUCCCUUUUAUAAGAUGGCCAUGCUAAGAUGGCCUUUCACGCUUUCACCCUGAGUGUAUGGAUUUCUUUGUGCAUGCCCAUCCAAAUCAUUUUCACAAGAGGGAUAAUGUGGUACCCAGACAUGUUGUGAGGAUUACACAGGACUUGGAAUUCAUUGGUGAUUUUGCAGCUGAUCAUUUCUUAAUGGACGAUUUGCGGACGAUGAACGCGCGCAUUAAUGGAAUAGAUCCGCUUGUUAUUAAUUAAGCAUUUUCGCUGUAAUUUGAACCAUAGCUUCAAUAACAUAACUUUAAUUUCAAAAAAUUCAUUUCAAAUCAAAAUUUUCUGAUUUGCCCACAGACAGACAGACGUUGCUGUAUCGC